AUGCGUCUCGCUCUGUCUUUCGCAGCAAGUGCCCUCCUGGCAACUCUCACCGCUGCGGCGCCCCAGGCCCAGCCUGCGCCCAAGGUCACCAUCUACAAUAAAGGCCAGUACAAAGGCGAGCAAGUCAGAUUCGUAGCCAAUGGCGAAUGCAAAUCCAUUUCUCCGAGAAUUGAGUCUGUCUCGAUCCCCGGGAAAUCAGACGCCUGGUGCCAGGUCUUCAACAACAAGGAAUGCAGUGGCGGAGGUGGCCGUGUGAUAGUUGACUCAGUGCCCCAGUUCUCAGUGGAGGAAGUGUACCCUGCAGUUAUUUGCAAUGUCUUUGGCAAGCGGUGGUAG